AUGCCGUCGUUACUUGACCUCCCCUUGGAGCUCCUAGUGCAAAUUGUUGAAGAAACGAUCCCGGUGGAUUUUGAAGCGACAGCCCUGUCCUGUAGAACUCUGUUUGCUGCCAGCACCCCCUUCCGAGUGCAAUAUGCUACGCGAAGGAAACGCUUUCGGAACUUCUCAUUUUCGCGAAUUGUUCAACGAACUCCAGAAGGGGCAGAGGUAUCCGACUCAGACGAAUGUUGGGAUGAAGUUACCCAAGCAACAGGCAACCGGAUCUUGACUACGCGAGGGUUGUUGGAAUAUAUCGCGUUGGAUCCCUCUGUGGCGCAAUACAUACAAUCCAUUGACCUGAGAAACCACUGGGAUAUAGAGGAAGACGAGGAGAUGAUAGAAUCGCUGCAUGCCGAGGUACCUGAGACUUUAAAGAGUUUGGUGCGUACAUCGCCCUUCAUUGAAGUCUUUUCAGGGACCCCGGAGGAUUGGAUUGAAAAAAUCCGAUUGUCAGAAGUACAUGCAGAUGUCUUUCUUCUGACGCUGCUAUCGCAAGUACAAAAGCUGAAUUUGCACUCACGUUGGGAUGAACUAGAUCGUUUGAACAACGUCAGAAGUCUGGCCAACCAACAACUGUGGCCGGUACUCGACAUGAUUACGGACCGGGCCAAUCGUGUCAAGGAAUUUCCUAAUGCGCCAUUGUCUAUGCUCUCCGUCGUGCAGCCAUCCCGUGAUAACGGCUACGAUGAGAGAUCCCCAUUGACACCAUAUGUACCAUUCCUCAAAAUCGAUUCCGUCUGCGAAGCCACGUUGACGAGCUGCAUCUUCAUAGAUGAUGGGUAUACUGGAUACGCGUUUGACCCGUCGGUGAUUUUAUGCGCCGGCAAAAACUUGCGAAAACUGACUUUGGAGUCAUGUAUCGCUGGCCCGAAGGAGCUAUCGCAAUUACUCUCGUCAAUUCCGAACCUGGAGAUCUUUGAGUUCUCUCAUGAGACUAAGUGGCAUGGCUGUGGUCAUAACUGGAAUGCUGGUGCAUUCCUAGAUACAGUGCAGGAUGCCUGCGGAAGGACGCUCAAGGAAUUGUCGGUCACAAUAUCCACUCUGUAUGGUGGUGAUUUAGGAGCCACUCUAGUGGAUAUGACUUGGUUCCAAAAAUUGGCUGUGCUCGAAUUAGACAUCGAUAUGCUGUGUGGUCCUGCAUAUGAUCCGUCGAUGAGAGAUUUGGAAGCGGACGAACUUGAUGGCAGUCCAGCCUGGCCCAAAUUAAGUGACAUGUUGCCAGCAACCAUUGAAAGGCUCAACUUGUGUCUUAACACAUUUAGUGAUGAUCAUCUGAAGUGUAUCACUCAUUUGGUUGAGGGCCUUCCAGAUGCUCGGGUCAAGAAGCUGCCCCGUUUAGAGAAGUUGAGCAUUUCUGUGCGGAUGGAUUUCAGCCCGACGAUUCCGGACGUGGCACUUGAGUCUUUAAAUGUUGCGAAGAGAAGUGGUUUCUCAAUACUGCGGCUGGGUACAUCCAUUACUCUUCUAUAG